CCUCAGAACUUAGUCUUCUAAUACCCUUACCUGAAAGCUCAGAUGAAAUGGAUAUAGAUAAAGAUACUUCUGUUAGAAAUAAUCCUAAUAUGACCAACUAUCGCCAUAAACUUAUCUAUAUGGAAAAUAACUCUCAACAAGACCAAAUUACUUCUUCAAAAGAACCAAACUCAACACUUCAACAGUUACCCUCCUUAUAUCAGAAGAAUACUGAACAACAACUAUCAUUAACUAAUGAUACAUAUCAACAACCUUCACAACAAUCUUAA